AUGCUUUUCUUAAUUGCCUUGGGAACAGCAUCAACUGAUCUCAGCAUCCAGCAACGAACGCAACAGUCCAUGCAAGAAGCGGCCACCGUCGACCACAGAUUAUUUACCACGUUUGGUUCGGUCGAAGAAGAGACGUACAGCGGUGCAGAAGUGCUGCAAAGCAUACAGCGCAUUCAAGACAUUAGGGCGAACAUCCAAGUCGAGGGAGUCACUUUCCAGCAGACGUUGGAUAUCGACAGUGCAGACGUAUCUAUGAUUAAUCUACGCAAGACGUACAACGUGCAGUAUGUGCGAGACGCGAUUGGGACAGUAACAACCAUUAUUUUCACA